CUCUCUGCCACGCCACACCCCACCCCCCCUGUGUACCCUGGCAGAGAAGCCCCUGUGGGACGAAGCGGGCGGGAAGCUGGGACCCGGCCGCCCUCCCGCAACCCCGAACCAAGGCGAGCUCUCAGGCCGCUAGGCCGGGCGGGGAGGGGCCGGGCUGGGCCAGGGGCGGCCUGGCAGGAAGCGGCGCGCACCUUCCGCCGCGGGAGGAGCAGGUGGCUGCCCUAGGGUCGGGGCCCCAGGCUUCCUGUGUGCGCGCCCGUCCGCCACUGUUUCCCGCCGGGGCUCGCUGGGCCGCCAGGCCGGCCGGGCUCCAUGGCCCAGACCCCCGACGGCAUCUCUUGUGAACUGCGAGGCGAGAUCAGUAGGUUCCUGUGGCCCAAGGAGGCGGAGCUGCUGCUGAAAACCUGGUUACCCCAGGAGGGUGCUGAGCGAAGUCACGUCCUGGCACUGCUACGAUGGAGAGCCUACCUGCUCCACACCUGCCUCCCUCUGAGGGUGAACUGCACGUUCAGCUACCUGGAGGUCCAGGCCAUGGGGUUGCAGGAGACACCCCCUCAGGUCACCUUUGAGCUGGAGUCCCUGCCUGAGCUGGUCCUGGAGUUUCCUGGUGUGGCUCCAUUGGAACAGCUAGCCCGACAUGUGGCUGCGGCCAUCAAGAAGGUCUUCCCUCGCUCCACCCUUGGGAAGCUGUUCCGGAGGCCCACACCCCCCUCGAUGCUGGCUCGACUGGAGAGAAGCAGCCUCUCAGGGUCCACCGCCCCCUGCAGCCCUUGUGGUGGCUUCUUGGAGACAUACGAGGCUCUGUGUGACUACAAUGGUUUCCCUUUCCGAGAAGAGAUUCAGUGGGAUGUGAACACCAUCUACCAUCAUCAGGGCUGCCGCCAUUUCAGUCUAGGAGACUUCAGCCAUCUUGGUAGUCGGGACCUGGCCUUGAGCGUGGCUGCCCUGUCCUACAACCUGUGGUUCCGGUGCCUCUCCUGUGUGGACAUGAAGCUGAGCCUUGAGGUCUCAGAGCAGAUUCUGCAUAUGAUGAGUCAGUCGUCCCACCUGGAGGAGCUGGUGCUGGAGACCUGUGGCCUCAGGGGUGACUUUGUCCGGCGACUGGCCCAGGUGCUGGCAGGACACGCAAACUCUGGGCUGCGGGAGCUCAGCCUGGCGGGGAACCUGUUGGAUGACAGAGGCAUGGCCGCACUCAGCAGACACCUAGAGCAUCGUCCAGGAGCCCUGAGGAGACUCAGCCUAGCACAGACAGGGUUGACACCACGAGGAAUGAGGUCUCUGGGUCGCGCACUGGCCACCAACACUGCCUUCCACUCUGCCCUGACCCACCUGGACCUUUCUGGGAACCCUGGGGCGCUGGGGGCCUCCGAGGACAGUGGGGGCCUCUAUAGCUUCCUGAGCCGUCCUAAUGUUCUGAACUUUCUGAGUCUGGCAGGCACCGACACGGCCCUGGACACUCUCUUUGCAGCGCUGUCCCGCGGCUGCUGCGCCAGGCUCGCCCACCUCGACGCUUCGAGGAACGUCUUUUCCCGCACGAAGUCCCGGGCCGCGCCAGCCGCACUGCAGCUCUUCCUCAGCCAUGCAGGGACGCUGCGCCACCUGGGCCUGGCGGGCUGCAGGCUGCCUCCUGUGGCGCUCAGGGCGCUUUUGGAUGGCCUCGCGCUCAACACGCACCUCCGAGACCUGCACCUGGACCUCAGCGCUUGUGAGCUGCGCUCGGCAGGCGCCCAGGUGAUACAAGACUUAGUGUGCGACGCAGGCGCUGUGAGCUCCCUGGAUCUGGCGGAUAAUGGCUUCGGCUCGGAUAUGGUGACUCUGGUGCUGGCCAUUGGGAGGAGCCGGUCCCUGAAACACGUGGCGCUUGGAAGGAACUUCAACGUCCGGUGCAAGGAGACCCUGGACGACGUCCUGCACCGGAUUGUACAGCUCAUGCAAGACGACGACUGUCCUCUGCUGUCUCUGUCCGUGGCUGAGUCUCGGCUGAAGCUGGGCGCCAGCGUCCUGCUCCGGGCCCUGGGCACCAAUCCUAACCUGACAGCGCUGGAUAUCAGCGGCAACGCCAUGGGGGACGCGGGCGCCAAGUUGCUGGCCAAAGCGCUGCGGGUCAACUCGAGGCUCCGGUCCGUGGUCUGGGACCGGAACCACACAUCGGCUCUGGGUCUGCUGGACGUGGCGCAGGCGUUGGAGCAGAACCACAGCCUCAAGGCCAUGCCUCUGCCACUGAGCGACGUGGCGCAGGCGCAGCGCAGCCGCCCGGAAUUGACAGCACGUGCUGUCCAUCAGAUCCAAGCCUGUCUCUUGAGGAACAACCGUGCGGACUCUGCCUCUUCUGACCCCAAGUCCCGACUACAGCCACUGGGUCUGGUCUCAGACCCCUCAGAGCAGGAAGUGAACGAACUUUGUCAGUCAGUACAGGAGCAUGUGGAGCUGCUGGGCUGUGGGGCUGGGCCCCAGGGCGAAGCGACUGUGCACCAGGCCGAGGAUGCCAUCCAAAAUGCCAACUUCUCUCUCAGCAUUCUCCCCAUUCUAUAUGAAGCUGGGAGCUCCCCAAGUCACCACUGGCAGCUGCAGCAGAAACUGGAGGGCCUUCUAGGACAGGUGGGCGAGGUCUGCUGCCAGGAUAUCCAGGACUUCACUCAGGCCACACUGGACACAACAAGGAGGCUCUUCUCAAAGAUGCUGCAGGGAUCCAGCUGGAGGGAGCAACUAGAGGGGGUCCUGGUGGGCUCAAGGGGUCUCUCAGAGUUGCUCCCAGAGCAGCUGCUCCAAGAUGCCUUCACUAGACUCAGGGACAUGCGCUUGUCAAUUAUGAGGACCUUGGCAGACAGCAUUGUGUCUCAAGCUUUGGAGGGUCUGAGUGCAGCCCGGGAUCAGCUGGUGGAGAGUCUGGCUCAGCAGGCAACAGUAGCAGUGCCCACUACCCUACCAGCACUCGAUGGAGGUGAGCCCAGCCCUCUUGGGCCUGGACAAUUGGAAGGUCUUUUCUUCCCUAAGGAGGAGGAGGAAGAGGAGAAGAAGGAGAAAGAGGAGAAGGAUGACAAUCCUCCAUGGAAAUGGCCUGAGCCCAACCACGGUCUUCACCUCUCCAUUCGCACCCGGGCCCGGCCGCGGCCGCGCCGCCAGCACCAUCACCGCCCGCCGCCGGGGGGCCCCCAGGUUCCCCCAGCCUUGCCGCAGGAAGGGAAUGGGCUCAGUGCCCGCGUGGACGAGGGCGUGGAGGAAUUCUUCUCCAAAAGGCUGAUCCAGCAGGAUCGCCUCUGGGCCCCCGAGGAGGACCCGGCCACCGAGGGGGGCGCUGCUCCUGUCCCCCGUACACUGCGAAAGAAGCUGGGCACCCUCUUUGCCUUCAAGAAACCUCGUUCAACACGGGGUCCACGGCCUGAUCUAGAGACCAGCCCUGGGGCAGCUCCCCGAACCCGAAAAACCACACUUGGUGAUCUACUACGGCCACCAACCCGUCCCAGCCGUGGUGAGGAGCCUGGUGGGGCUGAGGGGGGCACCAGCAGCCCUGACCCUUCACGUAGGAACCGGCCUCGCUACACACGGGAUAGUAAGGCCUAUUCGAUGAUACUGUUGCCUGCUGAGGAGGAGGAAGCAACACUGGGUGCCAGACCUGACAAGCGGCGGCCCCUGGAGCGGGGAGACACAGAGCUGGCUCCAUCCUUUGAACAGCGGGUACAAGUGAUGCUGCAGAGGAUAGGCGUAAGCCGAGGCAGUGGGGGUGCUGAAGGCAAGAGGAAACAAAGCAAAGAUGGCGAGAUUAAGAAAGCUGGCUCGGAUGGUGACAUUAUGGACAGUUCCACAGAGGCCCCUCCCAUCUCGAUCAAGUCCCGCACCCACUCUGUGUCUGCUGAUCCCUCCUGCAGACCUGGCCCAGGAAGCCAAGGGCCUGAGUCUGCCACCUGGAAGACACUGGGGCAGCAGUUGAAUGCAGAGCUCAGGGGCCGUGGUUGGGGCCAACAGGAUGGUCCAGGCCCCCCUACUCCUUGUCAAAGCCCAAGUCCCCGCAGAGCCAGCCCCUCCCCAGACAGCCUGGGCCUCCCAGAGGAUCCUUACUUGGGCCCCAGGAAUGAAGAACGGCCCCUGCGGCUGCAGCGCUCCCCCGUCCUGAAACGCAGGCCGAAGCUUGAGGCACCCCCAUCCCCAAGCCUAGGAUCUGGUCUUGGAACCGAGCCUCUACCCCCACAGCCCACAGAGCCCCCCAGUCCUGAGCAGAGCCCACCCUCCCCAGCCACAGACCAAAGAGGCGGCGGCCCCAACCCCUGAUCCUCUUCUCUCCUGCCGCAUGAGAUUAUUUUAUUAAAAAACUCAAAGGAA